AUACAUGAACAGAGUAUUUUGGUAUUUCUCCUACUUUGUUCCCUUGUUUUUGACGCCAUUAACUACAUUUCCCAUGAAUCUUUGCGGCGUCAGUUGACUUCAGUUGGCUUCACGUGACAGUGAUAGCAACAAAUCGCUGACUUGUGCGUCCUGGAAAACAAGUUAUAAUCGCUGAUCUGGUUCCCCAGAAUUAAAAUUGAUGCACAGAAUUCUGACGGAAACGCAGUCUCACAGGUUCUGAUGUCAGUCAUGGCUCCUGCUGCUGAUAAAAAAUUGACAGGACUUGUCGCUGCCACAUUUACUCCGUUAACCACUCAGGGUGAAAUCAACCUAACUGAGAUUGGACGGUAUGUUGACUACUUGACGGAGAAGCAAGGUGUACGUAGUAUAUUUGUAAAUGGCACCACUGGAGAAAGCAUGUCGCUCAGUGUCGCAGAGAGGAAGAUGCUGGCAGAGGAGUGGUGUCAGAAAGCCAAGGGAAAAAUGGACCAAGUGAUUGUGCACGUCGGUUGUAUGAGUCUUAAAGAUUCCCAAGAGCUGGCCUGCCAUGCAGCAAAGAUCGGGGCUGAUGGGAUAGCAGUCGUUGCCCCCUCCUUCUUCAAGCCCACCAGUGCAGAGGCCUUGAAGAUGUUCCUCCAUGAAGUGGCUUUAGUUGCUCCAACUCUACCCUUCUAUUAUUACCAUAUUCCAUCUGUCACCGGCGUGAAUGUGCUGGCGAGCGAUCUCCUGGAAGGUAUUGAAGAGCUCAUUCUGUCCUUCAGAGGAGUGAAGUUCAGCGGGAGUGACCUGAUGGACUUUGGCCGGUGUGUCAGCUCCAGUCAGCAACACUGGUCAGUCCUCUACGGCGUGGACGAGCAACUCUUAGGAGCUCUGGUUCUGGGAGCCCACGGAGCAGUUGGCAGUACAUACAACUAUAUAGGAUGUCAGGUUAAUAAGCUCAUACUGGCGUAUGAGAAAGGUGACAUCACCCAGGCCAGGGACAUACAGUUCAAGAUGCAGGAGUUUCUCAGCUAUGCCAAAAAUCUUGGCUUUGAUCUGAGCAUGAACAAGCAGCUGAUGAGUGAAGUGUCCGGUCUGAGCCUGGGGCCUCCUCGACUCCCUCUGACGCCGUCUCCACCUGCAAAGUUGGGUCGGGAUCUGCAACAGUAUCAGAGUCAAGCCAAGCAGCUCUUCAGGAAACUCAAUGACCAGAGUCCCACACGCUGCACAUUAGAGGCUGGCUCAGUGGCAUUUCACUAUUUUAUAGAAAAAGGUGUGUGCUACCUUGUGCUGUGUGAAGCCAGCUUUCCCAAGAAGUUGGCUUUCGCCUACUUGGAAGACCUGCAGGCAGAGUUUCAUGAGCAGCAUGGAAAGAAGGUCCCUACAGUUUCCCGGCCUUAUUCUUUUAUUGAAUUUGACACCUAUAUCCAAAAAACCAAGAAGUCCUACAUUGACAGCCGAGCAAGAAGGAAUCUGGGCAGCAUUAACACAGAGCUCCAGGAUGUGCAGAGGAUCAUGGUGGCUAACAUAGAGGAGGUGCUGCAGAGAGGAGAGGCUCUGUCUGCACUCGACUCGAAGGCCAGUAAUUUGUCCUCGCUUUCAAAAAAGUACAGGAGCGAUGCCAAGUAUCUGAAUACCCGCUCCACCUAUGCCAAGCUGGCAGCGGGUGGGGUCUUCUUUAUCAUGCUCAUUGUCUAUGUACGCUUCUGGUGGCUCUGAGCGCGACAGCGGAGGAGAAGGAUUGAGUUCUAAGCGGAACGCGAGCUGCACCGAGUCUGCAGACACAAAGAAAAGCUGUCAUGUUUGACUUAAAACAGGAUCCCUGCUCUUAAUAAUAAGACUUUACAAACAUAACACCGCCCAUUUUGUUUUUGCCUCACCACGGAUGUGAUCUAGAUUCAAAUGAUGUCACGAUGUAAGGUAGUUACCCGUUUAGUGUGUGUGUGUGUGUGUGUGUGUGUGUGUGUGUGUGUGUGUGUGUGUGUGUGUGUGUGUGUGUGUGUGUGUGUGUGUGUGUGUGUGUGUGUGUGUGUGUGUGUGUGUGUGUGUGUGUGUGUGUGCGUUACUUUGACAUGCAGGAAAAAUGAAGUCACUUUCCAAAGCUGUACUGUAAUGGGAGUCGCUGAUGUAAUCUUCUAUGUGCUCUGAAUAUAAAGAGAAGAGCAAAACAUUUAUUUAUCCUGAACACAUAUGAUUAUUACCAGUCAUUAACGCUGUUAUAUAGUGAGAGCUUGAUGGCUCUGGACAAUGUGCAGUAUGUAUCUCAUUUAUGAAUAUUUGGAGGACAUGACUUUAAUCCUUAUGCAGCUCAGCAACAACACAGGCAAAUAACACAAUAUCAUUUUUAAAUAAUACUGUAUUAAAACUCUGCAAUUGCUUUUUGAUCCACAUCUACACUUAUCACAUAUAUUCAACGUCUUCUUGUCCCCUACGAGGGACCGUACAGAGCGAUUGUGGGGUGGGCGGGGGCUGGGUGUAGACGAGACGGAGGGGGGAUGUCUCUGUGUCUUUAUUUGCUAAGGGAAUGUGGUCUGAUAUUUCCGGGAAAAGCGGGAGAGGGAAUUUAAUUUUUAUAAAAAAUAAGUAACACUAUAGGCUAAUUAUUCAUUCCGCUGCAAGUUGGGUUUUCUUAAAAAUAAUUCAAGUGGUUCAUUUAUAUAGUUUAAAUAAUAGUUUACUGUGUAAAUCCUUAUGGGACAGACAGGACAAGAAGCCCAAAGAACUGUUUAAUGAAUCUGCAGAAGGCCUGGUCUUCUAACUCUUUCCUACCACUAAUGUUUAUACAGUUCCCACACUGACCUCAACCGUGUAUAUUCCAACACCCUUUAUCUUGUCUUGGAAAGACAACUUUCUGUAAACAGGCACAAGAAUAUUUGAUGUCUGGUCAGGUCCUUUUAUUUUGUAAGUUUACAGGAGUGUUGACCUGGUCAAAGGGGGAUGAGAGUGACAGGUGUUGUAGGCUCUCUUAGGAAAAAAAAAACUCCUAUUUUUCUGUUCUGUCUGUGAAUAAAAUCAUUUGAAUGACA